UAUAUUGUGUUAGUUCUAGGAUUCGGUCAAAAUUGAGGAGAUUCACGUUCAUUGGCAAUUAUAUACCAGCAAUUCAUCUAUAUCGUAUUAAAUUAGAGGCUUCUAUUUGUCGUGUGUUUUUGAAUUUUGUUAAAAAUGAAGUUAAGAAAGAAAUUAAAUACAGUGAGAGUUCCACCACUUAAAAAAGCUAUAAGAAUUAAACGGACCUCAUCAGAUGUAGAAGAGGAGUCAACUGUAUCCAAAGCAAUACAAAAUGUUAAAAAAGUUUUUGAGAGAAAAAGUGUAAAACCAACAGAAACAUCAAUAACUCCAAAAAUAGUGAAAUCGAACAAAACUUUUAAAAACAAAGUAAAAAGACCAAAUUUUCACAGAACGACUUCACGAGGUUUAGUGUAUUUAGGACACAUACCUCACGGGUUUUAUGAAGAAGAAAUGAAAGAUUAUUUUACACAAUUUGGACAUGUAACUAGAGUACGUGUAGUUCGGUCAAGAAAUACUGGUAGAAGUCGUGGCUAUGGAUACAUAGAGUUUGUGGAACCAAGUGUUGCCAAAGUAGUUGCAGAAACAAUGAAUAAUUAUCUCAUGUGUGGCAGAUUAUUGAAAGCUACAUAUAUUUCACCUGAAAGACAACAUAUUGGCUUUUUUCAUGGAAAAACAUGGACAAAAGAUGUUUAUCCUAAAGUAAUAAACAGGAACAAAAUAAAUAAAAGCAGAAAUGCAGAUGCUAGUGAAGAAAAACAUAAACGUUUUGUACGAAGUACACGGGACAAAUUAAUUGCUUUAGAAAAAAAAUUAAAAGAGGCAGGUUUUGAUCUGAAAUUUACACCAGUAGUUGAUUCUAAGUAA